GUUGUGAUGCGGAGAGGAGACCUUGUUCCCCGGGCCUUCCAGGCCCCAGUGGAUGUCCAUGCUAGUGUAGAUGGCCAGGUGUACAUGUUCAGGAACGGCCAGCCAAAUGACUCUGCAGGCUCUUCAGAGGACGAAGAGUUCAAUGUGAUGGCGCUUAGGCCCCGGGGGCGGCAGGAGCCGGACCAGGACAGACUGGGCAGCCUCAUGCUGCUAGAGAGGGAUGUAUUGGUUGGGGACAACCUCAACAAACUUGCUCUGCAAUAUGGCUGCAAGGUGGCUGACAUAAAGAGGGUGAACAACCUGAUUCAGGAACAGGAUAUGUUUGCAUUGAAAUCAAUCAAAAUCCCUGUGAAGAAACACAGCUUAUUGACUGAGGCUAACACAGAACACAGAACCUCAAAUUCAUCCACACCACCUCCCCAGCCACAGGACAGACCUACAGCCAGCUCCCCUGGUAGGCCACAUCUACAGGAGUACACUGACUUCCUCAAGGAAGUGGAUCAUGACAUCGAGAGACUGAUUCAAACCACAGAUGCACAGAAUGAGGUAUUUUUAGAGGCCGCGGAGCAGCCACAGAAUUUGGCCUACAGAGGCCAGCGCUUGACCAGCUAUGGAGCAGACUGGGGCAUCCAGUGGUGGAACGCUGUGGUGGCCAUGCUCCUGAUAGGCAUUAUACUGCCUGUCUUUUAUGUUGUUUAUAUCAAAACACAAGAUACUGGAGUGCCUGCUGCUAUUGCUACCUCAAACAGCUCAGGGACAGGCCUCAUCACAGAAAGCCCUAGGAGCACUUUUAACAGCCAGAAAGUGUCCCUCAGUCUGAACGAACCAAACACAUAAUACAGGGAAAGAAUGUCUAUGGACUUCAUGCUUAAUGUCACUUUAAAUCCCAAACCAGUGUUCUGCUUAAAGGUCAUCAAAGUGUUGCCGUGUAACAUUUCUUUACAAAAGAUUGAAGUUGUAGUAUGGUAUUCUGUAAGUGUUUUAUCACAGACAUUGGACUUCAUGGUUUCAGAUGUUGUGUGCCUUAUUAGAUGUCUCACUUAUCCAGUCAACGGUUCUUUCUUCUUUGUGCUAAUUAUUUUGAAGACAUUUUAACAUGUUUGCUGUGUGACAACCUUACAACUGCAAUUGAAAUAUGGAUAUUCAGUUUCGGACUUGCUGCCUGUCCCAGUCUGAACUGAUUGUAAAAUAUCUGUGUGUUUGUCCAAAUGUAGUGCCAUUUUAUAGAGAUGUUUGUUUUCUUUGCGAGGCAUUGGAAAACCUCCCUGGUGUGUGAGACAGAAUCUGUCUGAAAUUCAAUGCUUGACUGAGGGUGGGGUACAGACAUGAGGUAGUCAUUUAAAAAAAAAAAAAAGUGUUAAACACUAUUGCACACAUUGAGUUUAUGCAACUUAUUGUGACUUGUUAAGCAAAUUUCUACUCCUGAACAUACACUGAACAAAAAUAAACGCAACAUGUAAAGUGUUGGUCCCAUGUUUCAUGAGCUGAGAUAAAAGAUCCCAGAAAUGUUCCAUAUGCACAAAAAGCUUUUCUCUGAAAGUUUCUACACAAAUUUGUUUACAUCUGUUAGUGAGCAUUUCUCCUACGCCAAGAUAAUCCAUCCACAUGACAGGUGUGGCAUAUCAAGAAGCGUGAUCAUUACACAAGUGCACCUUGUGCUGGGGACAAGAGGCCACUCUAAAAUGUGCAGUUUUGUGUCACAAUGCCACAGAAGUUUUAAGGGAGUGUGCAAUUGGUAUGCUGACUGCAGGAAUGUCCACCAGAGCUGUUGCCAUAGAAUUUAAUGUUCAUUUCUCUACCAAAGCCACCUCCAACGUUGGUAUAGAGAAUUUUCUAGUACGUCCAACCGGCUUCACAUCCGCAGACCAAGUGUAUGGCGUCAUGUGGGCAAGCAGAGUGCCCUAUGGUGGGGUUAUGGUAUGGGCAGGCAUAAGCUACGGACAAACACAAUUGCAUUUUUUUGAAUGCAAUUUGAAUGCAGCGAUACCGUGACGAGAUCCUGAGGCCCAUUGUCGUGCCAUUCAUUAGCCGUCAUCACCUCAUGUUUCAGCACAAUGCACGGCCCCAUGUCGCAAGGAUCUGUACACAAUUCCUGGAAGUUGAAAGGCCAGUUCUUCCAUGGCCUGCAUACUCACCCAUUGAGCAUGUUUAGGAUACUCUGGAUCUAUUAGUACGACAGUGUGUUCCAGUUCCUGCUAAUAUCCAGCAACUUCCCACAGCCAUUGAAGAGGUGGGAUAACAUUCCACAGGCCACAAUCAACAGCCUGAUCAACUCUAUGCGAAGGAGAUGUUGCGCUGCAUAAGGCAAAUGGUGGACACAUCAGAUACUGACUGGUUUUAUGUUCCACGCCCCUACCUUAUUUUAAGGUAUCUGACUUAUAUGCCUUAUGAACUGUAACUCUGUAAUAUCUUUGAAAUUGUUGCAUGUUGCAUUUAUAUUUUUCUCUAUAUUUAGGCUUGCCAUAAAGUGGUUGAAUACUUAUUGACUUGA